AUGACAUUAUUUUCUUGUAGUGUACAGAUGCCGCUGGAGGAAAGGUCCCUGACAAACUUACCAUUAAACCUAUUGUUCCGAAUAUUGUCUCACCUGGAUAUGAAUGAUUUACAAAACAUAGGGAAAACUUGCACCUUGCUAAGGAUGCUGGCGAAUGAGAACAUUGUUUACAGAAAUGCUGUUAUCGGCUCAAACGGGAAUAUGUGGUGGACAAAAAAUGUUCUUGUUGAUGUCUUUGAUGUUUUGAAUUUUAAUAGAAAGGCAAUGAAAACCUUAAAUAGUCACAACAUAUCCCUGGUCGCAUCAUUAAGAAAUGUUCAGCGGAAAUAUAAACUAGGCGUUAUUGAUCCGGCUAGAAAGACAAUAAGUUAUAGAACAAAUGAAGUUGAGAGCAAAGAAAAGGGCUCUGUGAAAGAUUUAAAUAUGGAUUUGAACGAACCUACAGAAAUAACAAGGGAGCAAAUCGCUCAUACUGCAAUACUACAAGGAAUGAAUCAAUUCAUCGAACUCAAUGAUAAAGCAUUUAGGACCCAUUCAGCGGAUUCUGAUGAUACAUACAUAGAGGAGAAUAAUGGAGAAAUACAUUCUCUCCACGGAUUGGAAAAAAAUACAACAUUUGAAGAAGACUUAGUCAAAAAGCCACCUUUUAUCCCUUCUCCGACAUUUUCUAAUUAUUCUAGAAGUUCAACAAAUUCUGUAUUUUCAAGUUCAUCGCCCAAACUACUGGACGAUGAUUGGAAUAAUAUUACAAUGGAUUUCACUAAGUCACGAGAUCCUGAUUAUAAAGAGAUGACGCCUACAUCUACUGAAUCGUCUGACUCAAUCACAAGAUUGAGAAAAUCUAAUAAAGUCAAGGAUAAAGCCGAACUUUUUGAGAAGUUAAUUUUUAGAGAUAGCAGACCAUUAAAAACAAAGAAAAAGGACAAUCCAAGAUUGAAAUUAUCCAGUUCGUUAAGUGCUAAUGACGAAGAUUUUAGGAAAAUCAUAAGUCCCCCUUCUGACAUACUACCGAAAGUUGGCAGAAGGAGCGUCUCAAGAGGUUAUUUAGAGGAGAUUGAAAGGCAUUAUCCCGAUUUUAACGGUGAAACAACUAAUCCUCUAGCAAUUAAAAGAGUCAACAGUACAAAGAUAGCAAAUUAUGAACAAUUAAUUAUAAAAGAAAAUAGCUCGAACUGUAAAGGAAUAACAGAGAAAAAUGAUGAAAAUAAAUUUCAAAGAAGUCACACUUCCCCAGUAAUAGAAUUAUCCAAACCUCAUCAAAGAAGCAAAUUAAAGGCGGUUGUUACAGACGGUAAUAAGAUAUGCUAUCGCAAAAUCGAAUUGGAUAACCCUAGUGGGUCGAAUACGAAUGAUCAUGUAAUCAAACGGCUUGACGCUAAUACCGAUUUUAAUAUAUAA